UUCAUUUGGUAGGUAGAGAGAGAGGGGGAGUUGUUGAAGGCGAAGAAGAUAUCUAAAAAAAAAAAAACCAUUGAAACGACGACCAACAUGGCCGUUUCGAGUUAUCACAAGCUUUUCACCUUUGAGUGCCGUUCAGAUCCCGAUUUCUCGCUACCGCCCAGCUUCGACAACCUCCGCCGCCGCAAUUUCUCCUCCUCCGCCGCCUUAUCCGGUGCGUUUCACUGCCCCUCUGCACUGAUCCUGCGCUUCCCUCCCAACUUCCAGCGCCAGCUCAGCACCAAGGCUCGCCGCAACUGCAGCAACAUUGGCGUCGCGCAAAUCGUUGCCGCUUCGUGGUCGAACGACAACAACAGCGGCAUCCACUCCGCCGGGGCUCCGCCGGUGCCUGCGGCUUCCGCCGUUGACGCCGCAGCCACGGCUCCCCUCCCCGUUGAGCUUACCGCUGACGAGGACGUUGUCGUACCCGUCGCCGGUGAGGCCGAAAAUGGGGCUGUACAGUUUAAGCAUAGUUCUUAUUCUUCGUUUUUGAAAUCCGAUGGAAGCUUAACGAUUCAUGCCGCUGAAAGACUAGGUAGGGGUAUUGUAACUGAUGGAAUUACCACCCCUGUGGUGAACACUUCUGCUUACUUCUUCGAUAAAACUGCUGAUCUCAUUGAUUUCAAGGAGAAACGUGCAGUUAGUUAUGAAUAUGGGCGCUAUGGAAACCCAACAACAGCUGUUUUAGAGGAUAAGAUAAGUGCACUGGAGGGGGCUGAAUCAACUUUGAUAUUGGCAUCAGGGAUGACUGCUAGCACAGUCAUGUUAAUGGCACUGAUUCCAGCUGGUGGACAUCUUGUGACCACUACGGAUUGUUACAGGAAGACUAGAAUAUUCAUAGAGACUGUGCUUCCAAAGAUGGGGAUCACGGCCUCUGUAAUUGAUCCAGCAGAUGUUGGAGGCUUGGAAUCUGCAUUGGAGCAGAACAAUGUGUCUCUGUUCUUCACUGAGUCUCCUACCAAUCCAUUCCUCAGAUGUGUUGACAUUAAGCUGGUUUCAGAGAUUUGCCACAAGAAAGGGGUUUUGCUCUGCAUUGAUGGUACAUUUGCAACCCCUUUGAACCAGAAGGCCCUUGCCCUUGGUGCUGAUCUGACUCUUCACUCUUUAACAAAGUACAUGGGUGGACAUCAUGAUGUCCUUGGUGGUUGCAUAAGUGGUUCAGAUAAAUUGGUUUCGCAAAUUCGAAUUUUGCAUCAUAUUUUGGGUGGUGCUCUUAACCCUAAUGCUGCAUACCUAUUAAUUAGAGGCAUGAAAACGUUGCAUCUUCGUGUACAGCAGCAGAAUUCAACAGCAUUGAGGAUGGCCAAAAUUUUAGAGGCACAUCCCAAGGUGAAGCGUGUCUACUAUCCAGGCUUGCCAAGUCAUCCUGAACACGAGCUUGCCAUGAGGCAGAUGACUGGUUUCGGUGGUGUUGUCAGCUUUGAGAUCGAUGGAGAUAUAACAACCACAAUAAAGUUUGUUGAUUCACUGAAAAUCCCAUAUAUUGCGGCCUCAUUUGGUGGCUGUGAGAGCAUUGUGGAUCAACCUGCUAUAUUGUCUUACUGGGAUCUUCCGCAGUCAGAAAGGGCUAAGUAUAAUAUUCACGACAACUUGGUUCGCUUCAGCUUUGGAGUUGAAGAUUUUGAGGAUUUGAAGGCUGAUGUCUUGCAGGCUCUGGAAGCCAUAUAGACAGUAUUCAUUAUUUACAUAAGUCUUUUUUUAAUCGUUUUCUUUGUUUCCUUUUGUUAUCGUGUCUGGGGAUUCAAUUGAAUUUUGAUCGCUUUAUGUGUUCUGUUGGGCUUGUGAGAGGAAAUGGUCUCUGAUUUGAAUGUUAUGGACUUGUGAUGUAUUGUUGAAAUUAAAACCUACAUUUGAUAAAUCCUGCGUUCUCCACGAAUAAUAAUAGAGAAAUGAUUUCCUUAACCGGAUAAGCGA